CGGAGCACGAGUGAGGGGGCGUGGUCAUGGAAGGGGAAGACAGAGAGGGGCAGGGUGGAAGGCCACAUGGGACCUUGUCACUAGGACCCCUACCUUGGCAGCACCGCGACUGAGGCAGGUCCUGGAGGGAGGCUGUGGGUCUCAGCUGCUCCACCUUUAGGCUUCUCCCAGAUGGUCUUUCGGGGGCGCCGGGGGGCAUCGCAUCGCGCUCUGUCCCUGCAAGGGCUGGCACUCCAGCAGAGCAACCAAAACCAAGGCGACCCGGGAUCGUGUCGCGCGCCCUGGCCUCUGGUCCAGGAGCAGCAGGAGCAGCAGGGCCACCACCCUCCUAGGCUGGAGGCUCAUGGCUCCCAGUCUUAAUCGCGUGGGGGGCGCGAGCACUAACGUUAGCGCUAGGGCUGCCCUAGGGCAACCGCCAAGGUUACCGGGUCACAGGCGACAGGCAGCAGCAUGUCCCCGGUCGGGGGAGAGGGGGUGCGGGGCGUCAGGCCCUGACUGGCCCAGACACUUGGGGGCUCGGGGGGGCAGACAGGCUGGGAGCCAGGACACAGAACUCCACUACAGCCUCACCUGUGCCCCUCAACGGGCUCCGCCCCUGGCCCAAGCGCAUGCGCACACUUGUGCGCGCCCUCCCGCACACCUGCUUGGUCCCGCAACCAGGCCGCCCCAUCCCCCCAUCCCCCCACCCCCGCCCCCCUCAGGGGGCACAGCUCCUGGGUGAAAGGGUCUGCACCACUGCACCUCGCUGCGCCCACCAGAUGCUCUGACCGCCUACCCGCCAGCCUGACACCCAGGAGCCAGGCAGAGGGCUCCAGAGACCAGGUAUCAUCCCACAUAUGCCUGAGGACAUCCUGAGGACAUCCUGAGGACAUGCCAGAAUGAUCUCCAUUGGGCGGAAAAGACACGGACCAUCCCUGAGAAGCACAGUCGCGAAUCUGGGACCAGAAAGAGGUACCGGGGCUCUGGAUGCCAGAAGCCCCAGUGCGCAGGAUUACUCAGAUGUUGGAGAGGUUUCCUUAACCCACGCUGGCGAUGCCUCAGGAUGUUUUCCAGCAGGUCACAUAAGAGCCACAUGCCACAGAUGGAGGAGAACCUGAAUGAGAGCCCCUGCUCUACUUCCCUGAAGGAAAGGAGGAAGCCCCAUGCCAUCAGCACGAAGCCGCGCUGGCUCAGGGGUACAAAGGUCACACGCGGGGAUGAUAAUGAGAACUGUGUGCGGUGGACCAUCGAUGCAGGCCUGCUGAAGCAGCGAGUGGAACACCUCGUGCCCGCCUUCCUGGGGAGAGACCCCACAUAUGUCUCCACCUUCUUGGGCACGUACACAACCUUUACUACCACCCAAAAGGUCUUGGAAGUGUUGUUUAUGAGAUACGGAUGCUUCCAUUCGGAGGCUGAGGAGGAUGGCGGACCCCGGGAGCAGGAGAAACUGGCCAUCUCCUCCAUCCUGGGCACCUGGCUGGAUCACUACCCCGAGGACUUUUUCCGGCCUCCAGAUUUCACAAGCUUGAAGUUGCUGCAGGCAUAUGUAGGAGUCCACAUGCCGGGCUCCGAGCUGCAGCGCCGCGCCCGCCUUCUCUACUCAUGGCGGAAACACCGUGAGCCCAAUGAGCCAGAGUCUCUGGCCAUGGCACCAGCUCCAGAGCCACGUUCAGACGUCCCUCAGGAGCGAUCCCCUGCUAUCUCUGUGGUGCCCACUGCAGCCUCGCAGCCCAGGCUGCCUGAAGCCACUAGUUCUCCUGGAGCUCAGCGCGUACGAGAAUCGGAGACCCUCACUGCAGUGUCCCCACCAGGGCAGGAGGUACUCCCAGCUCUGGCUGACAGUCAGGAGCUGGAAGAGCCACCUGCCCCUUUGGUGGCCCCAGAGCAUGAGCAGCCCCCAGCCCCAGCCGGCGGGGUCACGGAAGGGCUGGAGGAACCACCUGCUGCAGCUGAGCAACCAGCCUCUGCUCCCCAACAGCGGCUCAUGUCCGCUGCAGCCCCAAAGGAUGAAUUCCCUGACCUUUUCAUUGCGUUCUUUGUCAUUUCUGUAGUUCUUAUAGAGGUAUUUACUGUCCUUAUAUAUUAGUGUUUUAUAAAUAAAAGAUAAACUAAGUUCCAAA